UUUUAUGAGUGACCCUGAAGCAAUGAAUUCAUUGUUUCUGAUUUUCACCUGUUGCUUGUUACACAUCUCAGUAUCGGGCCUUUUCGCAAUGAGAAUCCAACACCCUGUACCUGCCAAAACACUAAUCCAGCAAACCAGUUUGUUUCAAAAGACGAGAUGGAUGACCUGCAGAAACGCCGGGGAGAAGAGUUCAGACAACACCAGAUCAGAUCAGGUAAAGAAAAUGAUGUUCUUCUUCUCGUCCCGGCCAACACACCGCUCCAGUAUCCGAUGAGAGGAUUCAGAGUAACUCCCAGGAAUAAAACACUCAUUCCUGGUCUAGCCCUGCAAACACAAAAGAGAGCGGUUUACAAGGUUUCUCUAAGGGUGCAUAAAGGAGUGCUUUCAGUGAUGAAUGUCCAGGAAGGAGAGCAGGUGGAGGGCCAGAAUGAGAAACAUCUGAACAUCUCAUCCAGCAGCCUCCAACAGCUCAACGACCUGCUGAGCAGACUGACCUACACCAGCACCAUCUACCACAUCAAGACCGAAGACCUCGCGUACUUCUCUUUUGAGAAUCAUGAGGUCAUAUUCCCGAUUGAGAUCAGACGUUUGUCAGUUCCUGUUCUGUUUGACCCAGGAAAAGAUGUGAACUCUCAGGUGACUGUGCUAAUUAAAGCAUUUCUGCGUUACAAAGAACUAAACGUCCUCAUCAACAGUAUCCGUCUGAACUACCCAAAAAUAAAGAUCAUUGUUGCUGAUGACAGUCUGAACCCAGAGAAGGUGGUCGGUGACAAUAUAGAGCACUACAUAAUGCCCCCAGCACAGGGCUGGUUUGCAGGAAGAAAUCUGGCAGUGUCGCAGGUCACCACUAAAUACUUCCUGUGGGUGGAUGAUGACUUUGUGUUCCUCAAUGAGACGCGCAUUGAGAGCUUUGUGAACAUUAUGGAAGCCGUUCCUGAACUAGAUGUGGUAUUUAU